CCCGGACGUGUUUAAUGGUUAGUUCAAAGAUGUUUUUGUGCACGCGCUACUCAUAGCAUGCACACACCGUGUGGCGUUCUCCAUGUCACAGUGUCGCUUUACAGACCCCAGGAUGGAAAUUUAAACCCAUAAUGAACGAGCCCGAGGCGACUGUGGUGAGGAAAAUACUCCUCAGUAGGGAACCCGUGCUCUUCUGGGUGACGCUCAGGUGUGCUAGAGUAAAGACGAGGGGUACUGAGGUGCGUUUACAGGAUGCUCAUUAUGAGCAGAUGGGGGAUCCUGGGAUGAGCCAAGGACAGUCAACAAGUCUACUGUAUCCAGGCUGCUGUUUAGAUGGUUUGUACGACGCUAAAUAGGAGGCUAUAAACUCAUAUUUGUUAGCUCCAUUAGCGCUAACCUACACGUUUCAGACGCCAAACAUGUCUGGACUGUUCCUUUUAACGUCCAGUCGAAAACCUUCAGGGAAAAGAAGUUGAACUCCGCACCAGCUACGUACAAGACCAGAAGUUUGCACUUUAAAUCUUAAACCAGCCCCAGCGGGAAUCUGUAAUCUGUACGCGCUAAUCCUAAUAAACAGCUUUCUAUCAACUCUGUGAUGUUCACAGGUGUUGUGACGUAGCAUUAACGGCCACGCUGACAAAGCAAAAGGACAUAAGAAAGGAGGUUCCAGAUGUAAAGUAGUAAGACACGAUAUUGGAUCAGUGGGAAAUAUUCCAUGCCUUAUCUACAGUUAGAGAGUCACACCUUUUUCCAGGGAAGUUGUGCAACCUGAAACAGUCAAAUGAGGACAUGCGCGGUGUGAAGUUCCUAUCGCAACUUUCUCAGUUAUGAGAUGUAGCUCGCAGUAAAAUCCAGUCCCGAGCGCGGUAGAGACUUGUUACUGUGAGGUGUGUUUAUCUGUGGAAAGAAAAAUAGUUAUCGGUAAAUCGGACUGAAAUAACAGUAUAGAAUUACACGCUGGAAAGAAACAGUGGAAACAAACGCAGGGACGUUUAAACAUCCGGAAAGAAAGAAAGAAAACAACAAGAACAAGAACAACAACAACAACAACAACAACAGUAAAAUAGCUUACCUGAUAAUGAGACAGAUCAUCAGUAUGUAUAUUCCCGUCCAUCCGUCCAUCCAUUUUCCAUUUAACCUACACAGGGUUGUGGGAAGCCUGGAGCCAAUCCCAGGGGACUUUGGGCACGAGGUUGGGGGACACCUUGGAUGGUAUGCCAGCCCACCGCAGGGCACAAUCGCACACACAUUCACACGCUACGUCCAAUUUAGAGACUAGAACACGUCUUUUAGACUUGGAGGGUGUUUAUGAUCGAUUUAGUGCCAUGUGCACUAUUCAGAGACGUGAAAUAACCAAAUCCUCGCUUCUAUUACCACAAAUCGAUCUCUUGUGCGCUAUGUCCCUUUGUACAACCGCCUUCAUUUUUACCCCCCCUCAUCCUACAUUUCCUGCCACAUUCCCUUUUUUUUUGCUCUUUUUAUUAACCCUUUCAUUUCGAAUUUACUUAAUGGAAUACUUAUGUCGCUCCCUUCCACGCCUUCAUGUGCUGGAACCUAUCCAAAAAGAAUAUUUCUGUUCCUUGAUAAUGUACCUACUCUGUAUAAUGUUUGUAAACAUUUCUAACCGCAUAUCUCGUCUUGAUGCCGAUUUCCCGUCCAUUAAAAACCUCCACAUUUGACGGACGACUGUCCUCCACCCACUGAACCUCCAUCAGAACCGCGAUCGUUUCUGCUGUGUAAACGGAUAAAGGAUUCGUUAUCCUUUUAUAUAUUUCAUAUUUGAAUUCCAAAUGAAUGACGACCGCUGAAGCUGUUCGCCCAGAAUCUGGAUCUUUUGAUCCAUCGGUAUAUAUUUGUAAACACCGAUUGUAUUUCUGUUCGAAAUAUCGCGUCAUUUUCAGCUGCUUCGAAACACAUCCGUGUUUAUCCAUAAUUACCUUCUUUAACUGGAGCUCAACUGAAGGAGUGGGAAAUAACCAAGCUCUCUACCUUCGGAUGUGCAUAUCCCCAGCAUUUAUCCUGGAUUUCUUUACCGGAUGGCUAUUUCCAUGUUCUUAACUGCAUUCGUCUUAACUCUAAAGAGCGCCGCCAUGUUGAAAUGACGUCACGCAAUGGCAAAUCGGAGCCGUCUUUGGAGCGCUCGGAGACUCCGAGUGGGAAUUACGAGUUGGAGAAACCGUUCAGACGGCUCUUUUCCACAGCAGCUUCCCAGUUCCCACUUGGUCGUGAAUGCAGCGUGCACUUCCGGUUGUUCUCCCACCCCCUCUUCGGUUCCUGCACGUUUGGCUUUCGUUCCGCGCGCGACUUAGUAGCGUUUAAUAAAGAUGCCGCGUGCACGAAAAAGACUGAAUGAUUGCGAAGGUCCGGAUGAGUUACCUGCGAGUGACUCUGAAGAGGAAUAUGAGGUUUGUUCGGAGGCAGAGAGCGUGGAUUCAGCUGAGGAGGAAGCCUUCCAACAAGGACUGGACCUGGCCCUGGACAGGGAAGAGGAAAACACUGCUUUGCUUGCAACACCACCUAAACCAACCAGGUGGCGCAAUACCAAUGAAGAUGACGUGCUACCCGUACAACAUCCCUUUGCUCCUGUCCGCACUCCUGGCGUACAGCUUGAUGGUCACCAGCAGCACACGCCUCUCGAGCUGUUCCAGUUAUUUUUCGAUAAGGCCGCAAUCAGGGAUCUCUGCAACAACACAAACCUGUACGCAGAGGCCAAGAAGCAGAAGGGCAUGAAGAUGCAGUGGAGUCCCGUAACGCCCCUGGAGAUGCACAAAUUCCUGGGCCUCAUCAUUUACAAUGGCCUCGUAAAGGCAACAAGAGUUCAAGACAUGUGGAGAAAGGACAGGCUCCAUAGUUUUCCGUUUCCAGCCUCGGUCAUGCCAGGCCACAGAUUUUGGGCAAUAUUCUGUAACCUGCACAUGAGCAACACCAAAGAGGACGAGGAGAACGACCGGCUAAAAGGCACGGCCGGCUACGAUCGGCUCUGUCGUGUGAAGCCCCUCAUGGGGCAGCUCUUAUUGGCAUGUAAGGCAUACUAUCAGCCUCACCAGAACCUGGCCAUCGAUGAAAGAAUGGUAGCCACCAAGGCUCGAAUGGGCCUGAAACAAUACAUGAAGCAAAAAUCCCCAACGUGCAGUUUCAAAUUGUUUGUCCUGGCCGAUUCGAGGAAUGGCUACACCUCGAAUUUCAGCAUCUACCAGGGAAGAGGUCAGUCCCGUUCUGGAAAGGGCCUGAGCUAUGACACCGUUAUGGACCUGCUGACGUCCGCGUCCCUCGGCACGGGGUACCACGUCUACAUGGACAAUUUUUACACAAGUCCCGCUCUGUUUUGGGACCUUCACAAGAACCGCUACGGGGCUUGUGGUACCAUCUGGGAAAACAGAAUCGGCUUCUCGAAGACGACAAUAAAUACUCUUCCUAAAAGAGCCGCCAGGGGUGACAUCAGAUGGAUCAGAACGGGCCCGCUCCUGUACGUUAAGUGGAUUGACGUGCAGGAGGUCACCGUCUGCUCGACGAUCCACAAGGCAUACAGCGGAGAAACAAUCCAGCGUCGGCUCAAGAACCCAGAUGGAGCUUGGUCUGUCCAAGCCAUUCCCGUUCCCGACGCGGUGAAGGAGUACAACGAGUACAUGGGUGGAGUCGACCUGUCCGACGCACUCGUAGAACACUUCACGGUCUCGAAGAAGACAAUGGAGUGGUACCGAAAACUCUUCCUUCAUUUCGUCGACAUCGCCGUGGUAAACAGUUAUAUUAUUCACAAAGAGCUGAUGCAGGAUAAACAGCAGAAAACACUCAAGCAGAAGAAAUUCAGAGAAAUCCUGUGCCAGCAGCUUGUGGAUUUUGGGAGCAACGAGGCCACCACUCCAAAAAAACUGGCGCCCGAGCUAGUGGAGGUGUUGCAGGAGCCAGAGAGGAAGCCGUGCUACCCAGCAACCAUCGUUGACACCUCAGCUUCCGCCAAGAGAGACCGAGCCUCAGCUGGGAGGAGACACUGCCUGCUCUGCCUUCAAAGGAAGAAGUACAGCAAGACUAUUUAUAAGUGCGGGUACUGUGACGUGGCUCUGUGCAUCAUGGCCGACCGCCUUUGUUUCACCGAGUGGCACGAACUCAUGGACUCGUGACGCGUUUUUGAAAUCUCGUGCCAUUUGGAGAUGUUCUUUUUGUUUGCUAUGUUUUGAAGUUAGCUGUUAUGAGAAACAUUCGUUCGUUCUUAAAGUCUCAAGUGUCCACUUUCCCGUGAGCCGUUAACCGCUGCUGUAGUGUCACAUCACAAAUAAAUCCAAUGUGGUACAAAUGCAACCGGCAGAAAUGACAUUUUUGUCAUUUCGUUCAGGUUUCUGAUAGAGAUACGGUCACAGCCCUGCGCCCGAUGGAGCUUGGACACAUUCUGCGUUAUUAAAAAAUAAAAAAAUGCUCACUAUUAGCAUAUAAAUCCAGUUAUUCGACUCGAAUCACAAGUACUGUGGAUAUAUUCCUUGUUAUUCUGUCCAUGAGCAUGGUUCAUUUACGUGCUUGUAGCCAAGUUUGGGGUCACAGGUCAUGACCUAAAAGUUCACUAACGUUUGUGUGCGAGAGGAUGGAGUUUGCUGAGGGUUCCAAGUGCAUUGCAUUUGCGUCUCCAGUAAGUCAGGAACCUUGAAACUCCAAAAUACCCGUCAUUUACGGAAGGAGUCUCCAGUACCGGCGCUUCUGGACAAGCCACUUGUUUGCACUUCCUCGGUAACAUGACAACCGAAGAAGCAAAACCAAACCGGACAUAUCCGUUACAUUUACUCCGACGUUCAUGACACACAAACUGUACGAGCCAAAAGAAAACCAGCGUUUUGGUUUUUUUUUUAAACGAUGUUUUAUUCCUAAUAUUUUUAGAUAUAGAUACACAAGUCAAACACAAAUCUUUCUGUGUACCUACCUCCCUCCCCCUUCCCUCCCUUCGUCCCUCCCCAGGAUCAUGAAUGUAAAAUGCUGCACGGCACACUGUGGCCCCCUUGUGGCAGGGCUCGGUGUUACACACGAGAGAACCUCAAACUCGACAGCAGGAACAGCAGUAAUAUUACAGGAGCCGCAGUCCUAAGAGUAAUAACAGUAGCAAUAGCAAGUCAUCAGAAGAGUUUUUUUUGUAUUAAUGAUAAUAAUAACCGUCUUAACAACUCAACUCCAUUUGAAGACAGAAAUAGUUGAUGAUAUGGGAACACACUUUUUAAAAGAAAAGAAAAAAAAAGACACACAGAAGAACUCAUUUUGCUCGAUACUCAGGAGAUAAAAUUUGCAGUUUUUAUUUGUUUUGUUUUUUUUAAAAAAAAGCAAACAACAACCUUUCCUACAUUUAUUACGCUCACUCAAAGGAACCGAAGCCCAUUAAAGGAUGUGCUGAAAUUCUAACUCGUCACUUCCUUACUUGCUUUUUAAAAUGACCUCGUGCACACGAUGACGAGGACACGCACGCACAAGACAUUUUACGCUGAGAGUCAUAGAUAGGUCGGGACAAUUUAAAGCUAAAAAAAGUCAAACGUCCCCGUAAAACUUUCCCCGCACUCCAGGGGGUGGUCUAAUCGGCCAAGCGUACGUGACGAUGUUAUUUCGGUGACCUUCACUCGUUCACGUGCAGACCCGAAUGGUCGAGCUGGAUAAUGGCACCAGUCACGACGAUUGCCACGGACCGAGCGGAGGAGGCCGACUGGCUGGAAUCAGAUCAGUGUGUGCUUUAGGCAUGUGCGGAUAUUGACGUUUAGUAAUCACUGGAUCUGCUCCGCUUUUUAUUUCCGGUUCCAGG